AUUUCUUUUUUUUUGAUUCGAGAAAACCAUCUCCCAGCAGAAGCACAUCCUGUACCUCUCGCCCUGCUAACGUUCCGUCCCUGUCAACGUCGCAGAGUACCUCGCACAUUCUACUGACGCGUGUUCAUCACCGUCUCUGAACCGAGCGUCGAAUACCUAAAACCCUCCCUCUUUAUAUUCACCGUCAUUGGAUUACACCAACCCGCCGUUCUAUUAUAACACAGUUUGGUGAGUCGCCGAGAGUGAUAGCUCACAAAUGGAGCCUCAAGUCGUGAAAAAGAGAGGCCGUAAGCCCAAGCCUAAAGACGAGAAAGAUCAGCAGCAGCAGAGUGCUGGCAAAAUGAAGGAAGGAAAGAAGAUUCAGCAGCCUUCUGUCGACGAGAAGUACACUCAAUGGAAGUCUUUGGUUCCAGUUCUCUACGACUGGCUCGCUAACCAUAAUCUCGUUUGGCCCUCUCUUUCUUGCCGGUGGGGUCCGCAGCUUGAGCAAGCUACUUACAAGAAUCGCCAACGUCUCUACCUUUCUGAGCAGACUGAUGGUAGUGUUCCAAAUACUUUGGUUAUUGCAAAUUGUGAAGUUGUCAAGCCUAGAGUUGCUGCUGCAGAGCACAUUUCUCAGUUUAAUGAAGAAGCACGCUCUCCAUUUGUGAAGAAGUACAAGACCAUCAUACACCCUGGAGAGGUGAACAGAAUCAGAGAACUCCCCCAGAAUAGUAGGAUAGUGGCCACUCAUACUGACAGCCCUGAUGUUCUCAUAUGGGAUGUUGAAGCACAGCCUAAUCGCCAUGCUGUUCUUGGAGCUACAAAUUCUCGCCCAGAUUUGAUUUUGACUGGACAUCAAGAUAAUGCUGAAUUUGCUCUUGCAAUGUGCCCAACUGAACCCUUUGUGCUUUCUGGAGGGAAGGACAAGUCAGUAGUUUUGUGGAGUAUCCAGGACCAUAUAACAGCAUCUGCUACUGACCCAGCAACAGCGAAGUCUCCUGGAUCUGGAGGAUCAAUCAUUAAAAAGGCUGGGAAUGGCAAUGAUAAAGCUGCUGACAGUCCUGUGGGACCACGAGGUAUCUACCGGGGGCAUGAGGAUACAGUAGAAGAUGUGACAUUCUGCCCAUCCAGUGCACAGGAGUUCUGUAGUGUAGGAGAUGAUUCUUGCCUUAUAUUAUGGGAUGCUCGAGUUGGCUCUAGUCCAGCUGUGAAGGUUGAAAAGGCACACAAUGCUGAUCUUCACUGUGUUGAUUGGAAUCCUCAUGAUGAUAACCUUAUUUUAACUGGGUCAGCAGAUAAUUCUGUUCGCAUGUUUGAUCGGCGGAAUCUCACUUCUAAUGGAGUUGGGACACCUGUCCAUAAGUUUGAGGGUCACAAAGCUGCUGUUCUUUGUGUACAGUGGUCUCCAGAUAAGUCAUCUGUGUUUGGAAGUUCUGCAGAAGAUGGUCUCCUCAAUAUUUGGGAUUAUGAGAAGGUUGGUAAGAAGGUAGAGCGGCCAACUAGAGCCCCAAGUUCUCCUGCAGGAUUGUUUUUCCAGCAUGCUGGGCACAGGGAUAAAGUUGUUGACUUCCAUUGGAACGCAUUUGAUCCUUGGACGAUCGUUAGCGUGUCAGAUGACUGUGAUACCACUGGAGGAGGGGGAACAUUACAGAUAUGGCGUAUGAGUGAUUUGAUCUAUAGGCCGGAAGAUGAGGUUUUGGCAGAGCUUGAGAAGUUCAAGUCGCAUGUGAUUGCAUGUGCUUCUAAGCCUUGAGUGAGAGGGAGACAGAACUAGAGAACUUGCUGGAUAAACUAGUUGAUGCAUGGAUUUAAUGUGUUUUGUUUUGUCUUGAGGUUCGUAGGAAUUAGUGGUUGUCAAAUGUAGGCAUAUUACUAGAUUUAUAUAUAUCUUUUCAGAGAUUAGGCCGUAGUCAAAGAUUUACAUGCCUUUCUGCCUUUGCUGGAUGAAUUACAUGCAAAUUAGAAGAUUUCAACUCAUAGAACCCCUUGGCAUUAUUGUGACAAA